AUGUCUUCCACUUUUGUUCUUACUGGCGAGAAUAAUGAGUCUUACAUUGUUGUAGAGUAUACAUUCUAUACUGAAACGACAGCCUGGAAAGAUCUUGACAAUUUCUGGGCGCUUAAAUUUUUAAAGGAAGCAGAAGAGUUAGAUAUAAACACUUUCGAUGCCUUAAUGAGAAGGCGAAAUAUAUUAAAGUUCCAAGCUGAAAAGGAACGGUAUCUUCGAAUGAUUUCUGAGCUCGAUGAGAGCAUAGAAUUAGAGAGAUCCAACCUUGCGGAGCUUUCUAGCAAUUCUUCGGAUUCCCCCAGCUCAGACUCUUAUAGUUCAAUCUCCCAUAGUUCCCAACGAAGAAGAAAUAGGAGUACUCCCCCAUCACGUCCUCCCCCACGACGAAAUUAUAACCUUCGUGUUCAGGAACGGGUUAAUUACAAUGUUGGGUCUUCAUCGAGGAGGCGUCGCAGAACUAACACUACAAUACGAAGACCAAGAAGGCCUUCUCCUCCACAAAUACCUGGUACUAUAGGUAUUCCCCCGCGACCACUCCCCCCACAAAUGUUCUUACCACCAAUACCUGAUAUCAUAGGUAUCCCUCCGCAACCACUUCCCCUACAAUUACCCUUACCACCAAUAUUGCCGAUACUAUCACCUCUUCCACAGAUGUCUCUGUCAUCAUCACCUCCUCCAUCGAUACCAUAUUUUUUCGAUGAAGAAGAACCGCCUAGAAAGAGGAUUUGUCUGAACUGUCCCAUUCACUGUUUUGAGCUAGAGAACCGAUUCCUUUGGAAUCAUUUCUUCCUAAAUUUAUUCAUGUAUAUCGAUAUUGUAAUAAUAAAGUUCGCCUGA